ACUGCGAACGGCGAAACGAUGCAGCAUGUGUUUUUCUUCUCCUACAGCUGUGAGUGACCGACAGCAGAGGACUCCGGACACCAGUCGUAUCAGGGAACCGGAGUCGGCAUCGAGUUCGCGCGCAGGAAACUCCCGCGUUCGGAGAUCGACAGGAACACUGUGCUGCGUGUGAGGUGAUGUGGCUGCUCGAAGUCUGAUUCGACCUUCCGGCUUCGGUGAACGCGAGUCUAAGGCCGCAAUGUUGAGCAAGCUCAUCCUGCAUCCGUGCGGUAGCCUCUUGCCGCGCUGCGCUUCCAGAGUCCAGCUGUUCGGCGUGAACGCACUCCAUCGCCGGGCAUGGAAGCCUAGGUUCCGUCAGAGUUCGACGAAGGCAAAUACAUCUUCCGAAGUGAGACGGAUUUUCUCGUACAUAGGACCCGAGAAGAAGACGCUCAUUGCUGCCAUCGGCUUACUUGGUGUCAGCUCCUUCGCGACUCUAGUCUUCCCGUUCAUCAUCGGACGAACUAUCGACACAAUAAAUCAAAGUGCGACCAAAGCCAAAAUGAUGGAGAAUCUCAACUUCAUCGUCGCCGCGGUAGGGGGAAUCGUUGUCAUCGGCGGCGCCGCAAAUUACGGCCGUGUGUACCUGAUCAAUAUUGCGUCUCAACGGAUAACAAACCGUAUCCGAUCCGCGGCGCACAGCGCGAUUUUGAAGCAAGAAACAGCGUUUUUCGAUACUCAAAAAACAGGAGAAUUAUUGUCGAGACUCUCGAGCGACGCGGCCCAGAUGGGCAACUCGCUGACGCAAAACGUAUCCGACGGCCUUCGAUCUCUUCUAGCCAUCCUAGGCGGAACAGGGAUGAUGGUGUACACUAGUCCACAGUUGAGCCUGGUAGGAUUGAGCAUCGUCCCACCGGUUGCUGCAUUCGCCAUAGUUUACUCCAAGAAAUUGAAAAAGGUCGCCAGCAACGUCCAGUCUAAGGAGGCGCUCUCGAACGGUGUCGCCGAAGAGCAGUUCUCGAAUAUCCGUACCGUUCGGAUGUUCACCAAAGAAUCCCAAGAGAUCGAACGAUAUUCAGAUACGCUGAAACUUGUGCUCGAUGCGCGAUCGGAGGAGGCGAGGAAGCGCGCGAUAUUCUUCGGCACCACGGGAGCCACGGGAAAUAUUAUCAUAACUUCGGUAUUGUACUACGGAGGUGUACUGAUGGCGGACGGCUUGAUCACUGUGGGCAGCUUGAGCUCGUUCUUGAUAUACGCAGCCUACGUAGGCAUAUCAAUGAGCGGUUUGAGUACAUUCAUCUCGGAAACGAUGAAAGCCAUCGGCGCCUCUCAGAAAAUCUGGACGUUGAUAGAUCGGCAGCCGAGCGUGCCUUUGAAUAGCGGGAAAACCUUGGAGAACGUCGUUGGCUGCAUCGACUUCCGGGGUGUCGACUUCCGAUACCCUACGAGGGACGCUAAUAUACUAAGUGAGCUUGAGCUCCGGAUCCCCGCGGGGAAGGUCACCGCUGUUGUUGGCCCAUCCGGCUCCGGCAAAUCCACCUUGGCAGGACUCAUCCUCAGAUUCUACGAUCCGAGCGCAGGCGCCGUGUUUCUCGACGGACUCGAUAUCACCGAAGUGAAUCCGACCUCGCUUCGUAGUCACAUCGGGGUCGUAUCGCAGGAGCCUGUUCUGUUCUCAACGACCAUCGCACAGAAUGUCGCCUACGGGAGCCUGAAGCCCGUGAGCUCCGCAGACAUCGAGGACGCUCUCCGUCAAGCAAACGCCUUAGAUUUCGUGCGUGACUUCCCGAGUGCUCUGGACACCAUGGUCGGGGAAAGAGGAAUCAUGCUCUCAGGCGGCCAGAAACAGAGAAUCGCAAUCGCGAGAGCCAUCCUUCGAAAUCCCAGGAUCCUGAUCCUCGACGAAGCAACGAGUAGUCUUGACUCGAUCAGUGAGAGACAGAUCCAGGAAUUCCUGGAGCAAUUCGCUGCUGGACGAACCGUUAUCGUGAUUGCGCAUCGAUUGUCGACGAUACGCCGUGCUGACAACAUAGUGGUUCUCAAAGGGGGGCGUAUAGUCGAGGAAGGCCUAUUCGAGGACCUCCUCAAGAUUGAGAACGGAGUCUUCAGUGAUUUGGUCAACCAUCAGAUGCGGCACAAUGAUGUCUAGUGCAUAAAAUUAGAACGCAAUACAAAGUUGUAUUUACCUUGUCUCCCAGUUGUGCAUUAAACUCCCUCACACCAUCGACAGCGAUCUGGUCGACGAUACGAUAUGUGUAUUUUUGUGCUUCAAGAAUAUAAUAUGGGCGUCGAUGAGGAGCGGUGAUGACUUAUCGGACAGAAUAAACUUGCGU